UCGAGCGCGGAAUUUUUGUGGGAUUGUUUUUCCGUAUGAGCUACACUUUCAUUUAAAGUUUUGCUUGUACUACAAUUUCGUAUGAGCAUCGAAUGUCUUUCGAGUUUCGGAAUAACACGUAACUGUCUUAUCAUUCUUCCGUAACGCUGUAUCUUCUCCAUGAUUGUAUACACGAGAAACGUGCCGCUUAACAAUAGUUAAGUAGGUUAUGUUCGAACAUUUGUUUUGAAACAUUAGUUCCAUUUAAAUUCGAAAUUGAAAAGGGUUAUAAAAAAUCUCGCAGAACUGCAAGGCAAUUUCGAGCACUUGGGAAACCUCACAGUAAUGUCUGCAGGUAGUGCUAUGUUUAGUAUUUUGCGUAGAAGUUUUACUACGUCGACAGUGUCGAAUCAAAUAAUCAAACUUACACGAUUAAGAGUUGUGGAUAAUAGUGAAAUAGGAAAGCAGGCUAUGCUGGAAGGAAAACCACCGCGUUGUAUUCACAUUUACAAUAAGAAGUCAGUCGGAUAUUUAGGAGAUAAAGUGAUGAUUGCAAUAAAAGGUGAAAAAAGGAAAGCUAUACUGGUUGGCUUGAAACAGCGUCAGAAUACAAAAGUUCCAAAAUUUGAUAGCAAUAAUAUAGUUCUGAUAGAUGACAAUGGAACACCCGUGGGUACCAGAAUUCAUGUUCCGAUUCCACAUAUCCUGCGAACAAUGAUGAAAGAAAAAACUCACAGCAAGGGUGCAGAUUAUACCAAAUUGUUAGCCAUUGCUACGAAAUUUGUUUAAUUAACUACUGUGUUUAGAAUAAACUAUUUG